AGACCAAGGAAGAGCCAUGGCGGACAUCCACUUCCAUCCACAAGUAACUGCAAUUUAGGAAAUUAUGCACUAUAAGCCCAUUUUUGGUUCGGCAGCUCAGAGGUAUUUUGCACAACAUGGCGAGUGAAAAUUCACAGAGAACACGAAUAUGCGGGCGUAUCGUCCUCCAUUUCUUGUGUCUGCUGCUUCUUUGCGACGGCACCUCUACAGAAAUACGUUAUUCUCUUCAAGAAGAAUCGAAGGUUGGCACCGUUCUGGGGAAUAUAGCCAAAGAUCUGGGCUUGGACUCGUCGGCUCUGGCAGACAGGAAUUUGCGCAUUGUGACUGGGACAAAACAGGAGCUUUUUCAGGUAAAUCAGAGAGAAGGCGCUUUGUUCGUUGAUCGUAGAAUCGACAGAGAGGAGCUAUGCUCUAAAACUAACCCUUGUUUAAUCAACAUUAAAGCGGUCAUCGAAAAUCCCCUUGAAAUGCACCAGGUUGUGGUUGAAAUUGUCGAUGUUAAUGAUAAUGCACCAACGUUUAUAGAUGAGAAUUAUAAUUUGGAGAUUGUUGAAUAUGCAAUGACAGGAGCGCGGUAUCAGCUGGAGGGAGCACAUGACCCGGAUAUAGGCUCAAAUGGCUUACAAGCUUACAAACUCAGCCCAAACCAGUUUUUCCGUUUAGAAACAGAGGAUUUGGGAGAUGAGGGGAAAAUCCCCUUCCUUGUUCUGCAAAGGACUUUGGAUAGGGAACACAGCGCAAGGCAUAAUUUGAUAUUAACUGCAGUAGAUGGAGGAAAGCCACAGAAAACAGGAACUCUGAGUAUCACUGUUGUUGUUUCAGAUAUUAAUGAUAAUGCACCAGUUUGUGGUAAACAAAAGUACACGGUGACGGUGAGAGAAGACGCUCCUGACGGAAGUUUUUUAUUACGAAUUAACGCUACAGAUUCGGAUGAAGGAGUAAACGGGGAAAUUGAAUACACUCUGAGAAACAAGUUUAGAAAUGGUGCCUCUGAGCUGUUUGAUUUAGACAGCAAAACAGGGGAAUUACGGAUAAAAAGCGGACUUAAUUUUGAGGAGAAGCAGGUUUAUGACUUAAAAAUUCUUGCAGCGGAUAAGGGAGCAGUAUCUUUGUCCACGCAGUGUAACGUGCUCGUGAAAAUAGAGGACGUAAAUGACAACCGACCCGAGAUUGAUGUCACCUCUUUAUCUAGCCAAAUCCCUGAGGACGCUCCUCCCGGAACAGUAGUUGCUCUAAUGGGAGUGACAGACUUGGAUUCAGGUAUGAAUGGGCAGGUGGUGUGCACUUUACCCAAGGACAUACCAUUCGAGCUCAAGCAGUCAUCAGAUUCAAAUUUUUAUUCUUUGGUUACUAAAGAAUAUGUGGAUAAAGAGUCAACGCCCUUUUACGACAUUGCUAUAACAGCUACAGAUUUAGGAACACCUCCACUAUCAUCAACAAAGAUAAUUCACGUUGAGGUGGUAGACAUAAACGACAACAGCCCUGUAUUUGUCCAAAGCCCAUACACAUUCUAUGUAGCUGAAAACAACAAACCAGGCUGGUCAGUUUUCUCAGUGAGCGCAGCUGAUGUAGAUGAAGGUGACAACUCAAAAGUCUCAUACUCAAUAGAUCGCGUGAACUCAGACCAGAGCGUGACAUCUUUCUUAAAUAUUAAUGAGGCGAAUGGAACCGUUCUUGCACUGAAAAGGUUCGAUUUUGAAUCACUGAAAACUUUCCAGUUCCACGUGCUCGCUACUGACUCUGGAACUCCACCACUGAGCAGCAACGUCACAGUGAACGUGUUCAUUCUGGAUCAGAACGACAACGUUCCAGUGAUCUUAUAUCCGGUCAGCUCUAACGGAUCUGCUGAAGGUGUGGAGGAGAUUCCCCGCAAUGUGAACGCAGGACAUUUGGUGACUAAAGUGAGAGCCUAUGACGCAGAUAUAGGAUACAACGGCUGGCUAUUAUUUUCACUGCAGGAAGUGAGUGACCACAGUCUGUUUGGUUUGGACCGCUAUACAGGACAGAUAAGGACCCUUCGCUCAUUCACAGAAACAGACGAGGCUCAGCAUAAACUGGUCAUACUGGUCAAGGACAAUGGCAACGUUUCACUUUCAGCAACAGCGACUGUGAUUAUCAAAGUUGUGGAACCCAAAGAGGCUUUUGCAGCUUCUGAUGUUAAAAACGCAGUAAAGGACGAGGAGGACAAUGACGUCACAUUUUAUCUGAUCAUCACUCUGGGCUCAGUUUCAGUGCUUUUUGUGAUCAGUAUCAUUGUGCUGAUUGUAAUGCAGUGCUCAAAAUCUACAGACUGUUCCUCCAAGUACUUACAAGAUACAAAUUACGACGGGACACUGUGUCACAGCAUCCAGUACAGAUCAGGAGAUAAACGGUACAUGUUAGUUGGACCCAGAAUGAGUAUCGGUUCUACUAUAGUCCCGGGCAGUAAUGGGAAUACUCUAGUGGUACCAGAUCGCAGGAGGAGAACUUCUGGAGAGGUAAGAUUUGACUAUUAUUUAUAA